AUGCCACAACAGGAAAUGGAUCCGGAGAUCCCAGACGAAAGGGCUGAGAAGUGGUGCAGGGAAUUUCCUAUUGAAGAUCAUGAAGCAAGGGAUUACGCUCAGUUAUGUUGUCUGUACCAGAUCAUGGGCCGUUGCAAACGGACUUGGCCACGGAAGGUAGGGGCCUGGAUGAAUCUUAUGAUCAAACUUGAUAUUACCAUACGUGAGGUCAUCCAGAGAGAGGAGUAUUUGAUACAGAAAUCGAGCUCAGUCCUCGGCCAAAUCAAAGCGAUGAAGGAAGAACCAUACUCGCAACAGAACCUCGAUAACUGGCAAGACGAGCUACAAAGACUUAACCAAGAUUAUUGGCGCAUUGAUAGAGAGCUCUCUCUUGGGUGCCUAUGCUGGUCAGACACAUUUUACAGGCCAAUAUUUCGGGCUUACAAUGAAGUGCGAAAGGAUCCGGUGUGGUACCUUAGUGACCUACUAUGCAACGACUGUGCAAGUCGAGGGGGGUGCUGUGGUCGAGCCUGCAAGUGCUGUGAAAAGCCGAGUGCUACUCGAUCUCGUGCUAGAGGACACUGCACCAAAGAAUGCGGAUGUUGUAUUGAGUUUCGUGGCUUUGAACUUAAAAAAGACCAGCAAAAGCUGUGCCAGCCCGCUUUCAACCUUAAAGGUGGUCUUGAAUCCAAUGCCUACAGCAUCUUUCUUUUCAAAGCCUACAUUCUAGGUCUCCACGACGAGUUCUCCCAUUGCUUUUAA